CAUUGCUAUCCGUACACAAUGUUCUUGGAAUACGUGUGAGUAUUACAAACACAUUAGAAAACAAUAAGGUUUUAACUGUUCAUUGCAAAUCUGCCGAUGAUGAUCUUGGAGUUCGUGUUCUUGCUUUUAAUGAUGGAUUUGAUUGGAGUUUUCGAAAAAACUUUUUUGGCACAACACAAUUCUAUUGUUCCUUUAAGUGGGAAGGAGAAUUUCACUGGUUUGACAUAUAUGUAGCUUUUAGAGAUCCAUGUUCUGAAUGUAAAUGGGUUAUCAGCCAAAAAGGACCAAUUAGGGUAACAAGUAGGGCUGCCUAUUCGUGGCCGUGGAAUAAGUAA